AUGUGGCGGGCCAGAGCUGUAAGCACUCCACUUAUACCAGAGCCCCAUUCCUCGUAUUUCCUAGACCGACAUCAGCCCUCAUUACCAUCGCUCGGGUUCCUCUUCGUCAUGUCGUACGUACCACUUGGUGAUGGGACAUCAACUCCAUAUGCGGAAAACAUCGAGUUGACCACGAAACACGAUGGAGAGCCAACACACAGCUAUGCACCGCCACCCAGAGCGCUGGACGAAAGAAGCAACCACCUCAACGACUUUAAGACUUAUUCCUCUCCUGGCAAGCCAAAUAUUGAUAAUUGGCCUGUCGAGUCCCAGCAAGUCGCAGCAUUGACGCCAUUGCGGGGUUCAAUCCUGGCAUUUGACAUGUUGCUUGCAUCGUCACCACUUUUAUUCAUAAUUCUCGCUAUCGUGGUCGCCAGAUUGGAUGGCAAAACACCUAUGAUAGGCAGCAGCAAGCUCGAGGAGAUGCUACUUUAUACACCUACUGUUUUCCCACUUCUCUUUGCAGCAUUGAUGGGCCGAUUUUUUCGUCAUCUCGGAAUUUGGCUUGCCGAACGCGGGACCACCCUUGGACGACUUGAGCAACUGAUAGGCUGCCAAUCAGUCUUCCUGGCUAUUGAACGCCAGAUCUGCCUACGCAACUUCAGUAUUGUGGGCGUAUGCUCGAUACUCAUAUGGCUCCUAUCUCCCUUUGGUGGCCAAUCUGCGCUACGUGUGCUUCGACAAGAGGCACGCUUUCUCAAUACGACUCAAACGCUGCACUACCUCAAUCCACUGAAUACCGACAAUAGCAGUAUGAUGGGUGCUAGUGGUAUUAAUAGUGGACGUAGUACUUUCACAUCGUUGUUUCUUGCUGCACUGUUGAGCAGCGCCGACUACCAGAUCAGACCCGCGGACUUAUGGGGCAACGUCAGGCUCCCGUCGUAUCGAGCUCUCCAAAACAGCACUUCCAGUGACUGGAAACCCGUACCAGACUACAACGAGACGACCAUCAGGUGGAGUUCCUUGAUUGGCAUCCCUGUGUCGGCGUUCGACGGCGAAGACUUUACCGCUGGCUCCAUGAACCACUUCAACAUCAAGGCACGGCAAUUCGACGUCAGCUGUGCGAGUAAUGAAGAGAAGUCCAGGGACCAGGUCGCAAACGAGACCUGGCCUAUCAAGAGCACUUGGAAUAUGCGAUCAGCCAUUCAGCAACCUAACUGCACGGAUGACAGCUUAUGCAAGCUAAAAGGAUGUGACGAUUACCCCUGCCCAAUCGUUAGCACAUCCCUUACCGACUCGAGGGACGAGUCCGCAUCGGUUGCCGAGUGCGAGUACUACUACGACCACGUUGAGGCCAGCAUAGAGUGUAAUAAAUCUCUAUGUACGGCGACUUCCAUGCGCAAACUCGACAUGUUCACCGACGGAUAUACGAAAGACCAAGAUAGCUUCAUGCGGGGGGUUGUUAUGUGGAACCUCAUGAGCACCCUACCGAACGUAGACACCAUCAGCGUGGCCGAUGCCAGCGCACGAGGAGCGACUAACAUGGAAAGAUGGCUCAUAGAUCCCACGAGUUUCAUCGGUGGUGGUGGAAACCGAGUCAACUUAUAUGAACUCCCACCAGACGUCUUUGCAGAGCGGUUGACGAUUCUUUGGAACUCGUUCUUUCAAUCUACAUAUGCUGCGCGUGCGCUCGCGGGGAACCUCGACAGGGCAAAGUCUACCAACUUAUCUGGGACAUCGAUCAGUGAAACAAUCUCUUUCAAUGCCACGCAGAACCUUGCCAGUCAGCGGGUGGAUGUUUAUCGUGUCAAUUGGAAGUGGUUCGCUGUACUCCUGAUUUGUUCGUUGGUGCUCCUCUCUGCCGCAUACGCUGGGCUGGUCCUGAAGUACCUGUCCGUUGCCCCGGAUAUCAUUGGCUAUGCGAGCAGCUUGACGAUGCUGAACCCUUAUGUACCAACGCCGACGGGUGGAACGACGUUGCAUGGUCUUGAGAGAACAGCUUUGUUGCACAAUCUGCCAGUAAGAAUUGGAGACGUGUGUCCGAGCGAGCCGGUGGGAGCUAUUGCGUUGGCCGCAAACGAUGGGAGGGUCGUAGGCUUAGAUAGGAGGAGAUGGUAUAUAUAG